AUGCCAGUCUUACCAUAUGUCCAAAAUCUCGUGCCGCGAGAGGUGUCCUUCACAACUCAAACAAACGUCUCUGUAGACUCAAACCCCACAACGACCAGCACUAGCUGCAAUCCUCCUACCGCAGCAGUGAUACUAUUCUUUGGGAUCGCUAUGACUAUCCUGGGCAUUAUAAUCGCCAUCCUCAACCUCUGGGUCAAUGUGCAGAGCCUUCUCCUGUGCCGAAGGCAGCACAGUGAGGCGAUCGCUUUGGAACCCCCGAGCCGGCCGGAACAAAGUGCGGCGGAACUGAUUAAUGGAGUGCCGCUGAGUGCGAGUACUGCCUCAUUCUCGAGUACGACGAGUACAACAGCAGCAUCGGUGGAGACCACGGAUAUGGCGGUGUUGGCGACUGUGGCUGCGGUAGAUAGGGCGGACUCGACAGAUCCGGAGGAGGUACAUGAUCCGCAAUAA